AGCUAUAAAUAUGCUCCUCUGUUUUUCAUAACAUCUCCUCUUCCAAGUCCUCAUAAUUUUCCAGUUCAUCAAACAUAAACACACUUUUCUGUUUUUUACCUUUUUUUUUGGUCUCACGAGAAAACAAAAUUAUAUAAUUUAUUUUGAUAUAGAAGAAGAGAAGCCGUUAGGUUUGGUUGGUUCCUAGGAAAACCGAAAAAACAGAGCCCUCCGAAAGCGUAGGCAGAGCGAGUGAGAAAGGAAAAUUUGCUUCCGAAAAUUGAUGGGCUCACAAAAGUAGUAAAACUCCCAAAACAUUCAUCUCCUUUUUCUCUCUGGGAUUUAUUAUUAAUUAUUAUUAUUAUUAGCAAUAUUUAGAAUUUUCUGAAUACAAUCUCUCUCUUUGGAGACCUAGAGCUCGCUCCGUUAUUUCCUUCCGAAGCUCCCAUGGCGUUUCUUCUUCAGGUUUGCAGCUGAUGUUCUCCCCCUCCUCAGUGGAAGAUCUGAUGAGACCUUGUGUGGAAUCGGACAAUCUGAUAUCUGUGUUGGGAUUCUUUCAACAAUUGUGGUAAAACCUGUAGCAAUGAAUGAAAAUGGUGGCACCAAGUUGACUGGAAUCAGGCAGAUCGUCAAGUUCAAAGAAAUCCUGCAGAAGUGGCAAGCCGUCACGCUUGGCUCGAGGGCAAACAGCCCCCGAGCCAACAAUAGUCCCCAUUCUGAAAGAAGAGGAGGGGAUCCCCAUUCUGAAAAAAGAGGAGGGGAGAGCACCACUCCCUCUGAACGAGGCCAUGGGGGUAUUUCACCGGCAAUUAGCCAGAGGCUAACAAAUGUUAUUUGUGACUCGGAUGAGGAUAUGUGCUACAGUCCCGAACCGCCACAUGAUAUCCCCAAAGGAUAUUUGGCGGUUUAUGUUGGACCGGAGCUUCGGAGGUUCAUCGUUCCCACUAGCUACCUCAGUCACUCCCUUUUUAAAGUACUGCUGGAGAAGGCUGAGGAGGAAUUUGGGUUUGAUCAUAGCGGCGGGCUCACAAUCCCAUGUGAGACUGAGACCUUCAAGUACCUCUUGAAGUGCAUGGAGAACCAUCAGAAAGCUCACCCCGAUGACAGCCCAGCCGGAGACUGGAAAGUCAUUCAAUGAAGAGUAAGUGACAGUGAUGAAGUUUCUUAUCAGUGGUCCAGGUUUUUAGGGGUGUGAUUUUCUGGUGUAAAGCAGGGUCUCCUUGUAUUCAGACAUCUUUUUGCUUUUCUCUUUUUCUUUUCUUUUUUUUUUUGAAUUAACAACAAUUACAGAAACUUUAGUUAAAUAUUUUUUAACCUCUCUA